AUGCCUGGCACCCAUCUAUUGCCUCCGAACCUCCUCAAGCUCUUCGCACCGCGGCCCCCGCUGCCAUACACGCGCCCCCUCGACAGGGACAUCAACCGCGUCAGACCCACCAAUGUGCAGGGCGUCGGCCAGCUUCUCGCGCGCCUCCGCGAGGACAAGACCCAGGGUAUGAUGGAGUCGGGCGCCAGCGAGGGCAUGGAGGAGGGCGAGGAGCCAGCAUUCACAUAUGCAGAACAGACGAAACGAGAGAUCCGGCGGGAGGAGCGGAAGAAGAAAAAAGAGGAGGAUUUCCACGCCGCCAAGGAGACUUACAAGCCCGCGGAUGACCCCGAAGCCGUUGGGGACCCCUACAAAACACUGUUUGUCGCUCGCUUGCACAAAAAUGCCACUGAUAGCGACCUACGGAGAGAAUUCGAAGGCUACGGCAGCAUCGAACGGGUAAGAAUCGUCCGUGACAAAAAGGGGCGAGGCAGAGGGUAUGCCUUCAUCGUCUUCGAGCGAGAGCGCGACAUGAAAGGUACAUAG